AUGACAUUAGAACAAUAUAAUGCAAAAAAUUCAAAACUACCACCAGGACAUGGUCAAAUUAAAUGUUAUGUAUCUCCUUCAACGACCAAACCAUCGUUCUCCACUUUUCAUGCGUCAUAUCCGAUAAAACUUUUAACACCUAAAUUACAUAGUCCAUAUUUAGCAGCAGUUUAUAUCAUAACAUACGGAGGAGGAAUGGUAUCAGGGGAUUCCGUUUCUCUUUCAGUUGAAUCUCAUCCAAAUGUUAAUUUAAUGUUAUUAACACAAGGUUCAACUAAGAUAUAUAAACAACGUCCGGGAAGAAUGUUUGUUAAUAACAAUAUUCAACAAAAUGGUGAAGAAGUAAUAAAAUCUGAGGGAACUCAACAAAAGGUUAAUGCUUUUAUACAUAAAGAUUCUUUAUUACUUCAACUACCCGAGCCAACAACUUGUUUUCGAGAUGCUGAUUUUACUCAAAGACAAAUAUUUACUUUACAAGAUAGAACUUCUUCUGUCGUUAUACUUGAUUGGUUUACUUGUGGUAGAAUGUCUCGCGGUGAACGUUGGGAUUUUUUAAAGUAUAAUUCUGGUAUUGAUUUAAUUCUUGGUGAUAAAUUAAUUUUUCGUGAUGUAAUAUUAUUAAAAAAGAAUCAUCAUAUAUUAUUGAAAACCCGUUUGGAGCCAUAUGAAUGUUAUGCUACUUUAGUUUUAUAUGGUCCAAAAGUUCUUCCUUUAAUUAAUUCUAUAAUGGAAGAAUUUAAUAAAAUCGUUAUAGGCAAAAUAAGUGUAAUGCCUGACUUAAUUUGGUCUGCCUCCAUUCUUGGUGAGAAACAAGACGUAAUAAAUGGUGUAGUCGUUAAAAUUGCUGGAAUAACGACCGAACUUGUAAGAAAUUUCUUAAUUAAAGUUUCUCUUAAAGGUCUUGAAGAUAUAGUUGGUGAAAAUUUAUUUGAACGAGCUUUAUAG